AUGGCAUACAGCUCAUCCAGGACAUGGAUAUCCCAUGGCGCACGCGAAGCCGAGAGAUUCGAUGCAUUUCAGACUGCUGCGCGCCGCGACCAUUUUAAGAAUAGCAGUCCCUUCAUCCCCAAGGAUAUCGUUACGUGGGUGACGCACAGAAAGGAAAUGCAGGACGCCUACGUCAGGCGCGAGAGAAGAUUGAUUGAGUUCAUCGAGCAAGAACGACAAGCACGCCAAACCCAGCCGCCGGCACGCCCAGCUCUAAACGGCAAGCUCCUUUCCGGAUGCCAAGGGGCCGUGUUAUCCCACUACACGAUAUGGUGCAAGAACUGGGAUGUUCCAUGGAGGGUUUAUGCGCUGUGGCCGGGCUACAAGGAGAGGCAGUGGGAAGGAGACGAUCGCAACCACACAAAUGUUGGACGCUACCUUCCCUUGCCUCGUCUACCUGGCAAUCCAACAGUCACAUUCAGCCAUAUUCCUGCGAUCGAGCACUUCCCUUUUGAUGAAGUGCGCAGGAUACCUACCAUGGAGGAUAUCUUUCUGCCGGUAGAUGAGAUCGAGGAUGAAGUGGUGCCGGAUCUACUCAACAAGGACCUCCUCGAGGAGCUUGACUCCCACGACAUAUUCUAA